AGGAUCGAACCCGGGCUUCCUCUAAGCAAAGCAUAAAGUUGAUCCCUUUGUACUACCUUUGCAGCCCCUCGGGGUUAUUAUUUGGGGGUCCAGUGCUUGGGUCAUGCCUGGUGGUGAUCAGGGCUUUCUCCUGGCUCUGUGCUCAGGGAGUCACGUGUGGAGUUGCUCAGGGGACCCUGUGUGGUGCUAGGGAUUGAACCAGGCCGGCCCCGUGCAGGGCAAGCACCUACCUGCCGUCCCAUCUCCGGGUCUGCCCGGCCCUUGGUCCUCAUGAAGUGGAUUCCUUGAGGAUUCUUCUCUCGGGACUGCGCUGCAGGUUCCAAAGGAAAUCUGGCUCCACGCCAUCCCAUUUCCUGUGCAUCUCUUCCCCCCGAGCAGCCGCUACCACCCCUGCCCGCUCCAAGCCCUCUGGUCUGGUCUUUUCCGUGUCCCCCCCCCCACUCACCCCCAACUCCUGGCUGCGCACCCUCCCUCCGCUCCCGCCCUCCAGCUCAGGCUGCAGGAACCUGACCCCGUGGGGCCGAUAGGUCAGAGGCAGAGAGACGAGAGCGGCUGCUCUUGUGCAACCGCGGCCCGUGCUGGUAUCUGUUGCCAAACCCCGGGAGCGGAGCCGGUUCCAGCAGGCCGUCGGCACAGCCUGUCUGGCUCUCCUGGCUGCGGGGCUGAGGGAGCCCCGGGGAGCCUAUGUGUGAGGAUGACGGUGCGCCCCAAAUCAGAGCUUGGAAGGUGAGGCGGCCGGGGACGGUGACUCUGUGCCCCGGCGGGGGCAAGUUUCUUGGGUUUGUUGUUGUUGUUGUUGUUGUUUUGGUUUGGGAGCCACACCUGGCUGUGCUCAGGGCUGACUCCUGGCUCUGUGCUCAGGACCGACUCCCGGUGGCACUCAGCUGGGACCAAACAUGGGUUGGCCAAGUGCAAGUGCAAGCCUAGUGCCUUCCCCACUGUGACUAUCUCUGUCUCUGUCUCUCUCAAAAAAAAUUAGAGACAACUUUGCUCGAAUCCCUGAACCCGUUGCCAAAGAAAUGCAGAGCAAGCCUGGCUCAGAGUUGGCCUGGAGCCCGGGUGGCUCAUCCCGGGGCCUUUUGCUCUCCCGGCUAGACGCUGUGUUUGCUGUUCUGGCAGAGCUGAGUGGCGCAGACGCCGAGGACUCUCGGGGGGGAAGUGAUAUUCUUUGGGCACCGGGCUGGGUUUCCUGUCACCUGCUCCCCAGCAUCGCUGUGGGUCUGGGCCCGGGUUGCAGCUGUGAGCGGAGCGGGGAGUGACGAGAGGAUGUUUGCUUGCAGCCUCUGGGCCGGCCUGCUGCUGGGACUGGCCGCUCUCUGUCCCCGAGGGGCCCCGUGUGGCAUCUCCACGCACAUCGAAAUAGGACACAGGGCUCUAGAGUUCCUUCAGCUUCACAACGGACGUGUUGACUACAAGGAGCUGUUACACGAACACCAGGAUGCGUACCAGGCCGGGACGGUAUUUCCGGAUUCAUUUUACCCCAGCAUCUGUGAAAGCGGGAGAUUCCACGAUGUGUCGGAGAGCACUCACUGGACGCCGUUUCUUAACGCUAGUGUUCAUUACAUCCGUGAGAACUACCCUCUGCCCUGGGACAAGGACACAGAGAAACUGGUGGCUUUCCUGUUCGGAAUUACCUCCCACAUGGUAGCAGAUGUGAGCUGGCACAGCCUGGGCAUCGAGCAAGGGUUCCUCCAGACCAUGGGCGCUAUUGAUUUUCACGGCUCCUAUUCAGAGGCACAUUCAACUGGUGACUUUGGAGGAGAUGUGCUGAGUCAGUCUGAAUUUAACCAUAAUUACCUCUCCAGGCACUGGUAUGUGCCUGUGAAAGAUCUCCUGGAAAUUUAUAAGCAACUCUAUGGCCGUGAAGUUAUUACUCAUAAUGCAAUUGUUGACUGUUCUUACCUUCAGUUCUUGGAACUGUAUGGUGAGAUAUUAGCCAUUUCCAAGCUUUAUCCUACUUAUUCAAGAAAAUCUCCGUUUUUGGUGGAACAAUUCCAAGACUAUUUCCUUGGAGGACUGGAUGACAUGGCAUUUUGGUCUACUAAUAUUUAUCGUCUCACCGGCUUCAUGUUAGAAAAUGGGACCAGUGGCUGCAAUCUCCCUGAGAACCCGCUGUUCAUUGCGUGUGACGGCAAGCAAGUCGCUCCCCCAAGCAGCCCCAAAGAACAGAAAAACGGUUUCCACAGGAACGUGACCGCAUCCCUAAGGAAAGAUGUCGGGAACCUGAUAAAGCACACGGAGAGAGGCGUGGUCUUCAGCGUGGAUACCUGGGACACGGACUCUCUCGCCUUCGUGUAUCAGGCCUUGGAGAGGAAUUUCUACUCGGUGUUCACAGGCAGCCCCCAGAAGCAGCUGAAGCACGUUUCCAGCCCCUCAGCCUCUUACUUCCUGUCAAGUCCCUAUGCCAGGCUGGGUUGGGCGCUGGCCUCCGCGGACCUCAACCAGGACGGCUACGGGGACCUGGUGGUGGGUGCCCCGGGGUACAGCCGCCCCGGCCACCUCCAGGUUGGGCGAGUGUACCUCAUCUAUGGGAACAGCCUGGGGCUGCCCCCCGUCGACCUGGACCUGGACAAGGAGGCCCACGCCAUCCUGGAGGGCACCCAGCCCUCAGGUCGGUUUGGCUCCGCCGUGGCCGUGGUGGACUUUAACGUGGACGGCGUGCCUGACCUGGCCGUGGGGGCCCCCUCGGUGGGCUCCGAGAAGCUCACAUAUAACGGCGCCGUCUACGUGUACCUGGGGUCCAAGCAGCGGGGGCUGCCCUCCACGCCCGACAUCACCAUCUCCUGCCAGGACGUCUACUGCAACCUGGGCUGGGCGCUGGCGGCCGCAGACGUGAGCGGAGACGGGCGGCCCGACCUGGUGACUGGGUCCCCGUUCGCGCCCGGCGGAGGCAAGCAGCGGGGCCUCGUGGCCGCCUUCCACUCCACGCCCGGCCGCCGCCGCGGAGACAGGCUGGCCGUGGAGGAGGCCGACUGGAUGGCUCAGGGCGAGGAGGACUUCGCCUGGCACGGCUACUCCCUGCACGGGACCCGAGUGGGCAACGCCACGCUGCUGCUGGUCGGGAGCCCCACCUGGAAGAACGCCAGUAGCCUGGGCCCGCUGUUCCGCCCUCGCGACGAGAAGCAGAGCGUGGGCCGGGUGGACGGCUACCUUCUGCCCGGUGGCCACAGCCGCUUCACCAUUUCCGGAGACAAGGCGAUGGGGAAGCUGGGCACGGCGCUGUCCAGCGGCCACGUGAUGCUGAACGGCACCCGGAGACAAGUGCUGCUGGUUGGGGCCCCCACCCACGAUGACGUGUCUAAGGUGGCCUUCCUCACCAUGACCUUGCACCAAGGAGGCACCACUCGGAUGUACGCCCUGAGCCCGGACUCUCAGCCCGCUCUGCUCAGCACCUUCAGCGGGGACCGCCGCUUCUCCCGCUUCGGGGGCGUCCUGCACCUGAGUGACCUGGACAAUGACGGCUUAGAUGAAAUCAUCCUGGCCGCCCCGCUGAGGAUAGCAGAUGUGACCACUGGCCUGAUGGGCGGAGAAGAUGGCCGGGUCUACAUCUACAACGGCCGACAGACCGCCUUAGGGGACAUGACGGGCAGAUGCAAGUCCUGGACCUCCCCGUGUCCCGAAGAGAAGGCCCAGUAUGUCCUGACUUCUCCUGAAGCCAGCUCCAGAUUCGGGAGCUCCCUGACCACGGUACGCUCCCAAGGCAAGAAUCAGGUUGUCAUUGCUUCGGGAAGGAGUUCAUUUGGAGCGCGGCUGUCUGGAGCACUUCACAUCUACAGCCUGGCUUAGAUGGGGAAGAUUCCACUCUCCACUUUCCUCAUCCCGUCUUCCCCUCUCUCAUGCCAGUCACCUCCUGGGUGAGGGUGUUCUGGUGGACAAAGUGGCACAAUCAGGGAUGAGUAGGUUCUACUCAUAGAGGCAGGGGUCCUGGGGCAAGCCAGCCAGGUUAUCUGGAACGUGAUACAGGAAAUGGUGAUUUCAUUGUAAUUACUCAUGUUCCCUUCUGGAGUUUACUAUGCUGCCCUUCCGAGUAAACCUUUCCUAAGUUACGGCCUGUGUUUCCAUCUAUCGUAUAACCUGCCUUCUCUGUACAUGAAUGUCUAGGUCUGCUAGCUUUAACAGGCCUUCUCGUGGUUGAGAUCUCUGUGUAGGAUUUCUCCUAAAGUUGUCUUUUAAAAAAAUCGACCCAUUCUCAUGAAAGGGAAAUAGCAUCAUAUGCAGAGAGGAAAACUGGAGGAGGAACAGAAAUGGUAGUGCCAGAAGAAAAACCUGGUAAUGGCAGAAUCACUGACCUCGCUGUUUCGUAAUGCUUUUUACUGCAUUAUCAGUGUUUCCUAAGGUGAAGGAGAAGUUGCAGAACCGAAACCUUGCCACCUGCCCGUGCUCACGUGUGUUCGUAGAGACGCUGCUCUAGCAGCUGAUGGACCUAGUGACUUGUUGCUUGUUGUUUUCAGCACCCUGAGAGGGUUCUUUCUCUGCCAAGGAGAAGCAGACCUUGGCUUCACUUCUGCUUGGGUUGAUUUCAGUCGAGAAGUUUUGUCUGCUGGUGUGGCAUGCUAAAAGGGAAGAAAUGCACGGACCACAGGGUGUCCUAUGCAAAAAAUUUAUUAUAGACAUCACCUGUACACGUAGUAAUGAGCUGAUUCUGUGUCAAGGAAGAACCUGUUUCUUUUAAGGCUUAGGGGAGACAACACAGGCCGAGUUCUUGGCUCAGCUUCUCCUGGGGUAGAUAGAUGCCGUCAAGGAAGGCAGGAGUCCAGCUGGAGAGUCAAGUUCAAUUAGAAAUCACAGAAAAGCUGUGAGAUGUAAAUUGAAUCUGCGUUGGAAAACCGUGAACAGGCACAAACCUGGAAAAGUCAGGAUCCCACUGCUGCCUCCAUUUAAAGAACUAUGCAAGGGCCUGAGAACUAGCAAAAAAGACACUUGCUUUGCACGUGGCUGACCCUGGUUCUCUCCCCCCAGCAUUACCAGGAGUGACCCUGGAGCACAGAGACAGGCAUAGCCCCUGAGCACCAUGAAGGCAGAGCUCUGGUAGCCACAGGGUUUCCUACUAAACUACAAAAAGUAUCCAGUUAAGAACCUACGAUAAGCUGUGUAUAGGAAAUGCAGCUGAUUAAGAGUGGCUUUAAUGAAACUUGCUUUUAGAAGGGCAGGAAUUAUUAGUUGUGUUCGCUUAGCAGAUGAGACAUCUAAGGGAAGCACAAACUGAUGACCGUGCACUCAGUGGGGGCGUUUCUCAUCUGAAUCUUCCAUCAGAAGGCUGCACUUUGUAAACCUUCCUUUUGGAAACUACCAUUAAAGGACUGGCCUGUUUUUAUCAGAGAAUCUUUAUUUCUCUCAAUGCUAAGAAUACUAGAUAUCAGGCACCAUGUUGGAAAAGGUUAACUCUUAGAAAUUUCAGAGGGUCUUACGUUGGAUAUUUAAUCAUGCUUGUUCCAUAGUUAGAAAUGAUGUAAAGGCCUGCUAAGGAUCAACCUGUACGGCAGAUAUAUACAAUAUGUAAAAGCCUGGCAGACAGAAAAAUAUCUAAUAUACUAAUGCAACAUUUCUCUAACCUCUUCUGAUCGUGGCUUCCUUCUGGUGACCCUGUCUCCUUCCUGCCCUCUCUUACCAGCUAGACCCCCAGUGUCCUGCCAAGGCGCUCCUUUUAAGCAAUUUUCACCUUGGAAUAUUCUGGAUGCCCCAAGAGGGUAAUAUGGACCUUGACUGGGAGUCACUGGUCUGAUGGUUUGUACUAAAAAGUGAAUUUUCACUGCUCUAAAACAUUAUUAGUUAUAAUUCUAAGACACUGGGUGAGAAAUAAGAUACUUUGUAGGGUUCCAAUCUCAACACAAAUCAAAUGCAUACAACAGUGUAACUCAAAAUCAGCUUUAUUCCAAGAAUUCAGAAGACAUUAAAACAUUUGAAGGUUUUUUUGUUGUCUCUAUGUAACAACUUUCUUCAAGGUUUGAAGACCGGAACUGUUUUCUGCCUUUGUCUCAAAGAUGGAAGAGACUAUGAAAUGAGUUUGGGGAUAAACUGAGGUCUCUGAAUUCCACUGUCCAUGCACCAGCCAUUUGAUCCCCCUGUAGGUAUUACUACUACUAAAUAAUUAUAAAGUGUGAGCUGAACAUUGUAAUUCCAAGUAAAGCUGUGAACAAUACUGGAGUAACUCACCAAGAAUAAAUAGCUUUUAAAUAUGA